AUGUCCAGGCCAAUUCAGUGGACGAUGAAGGCUGCACUCGUCUCACACGGGCAGCCGCUAUGGGGCCAUGCAAAGAUCGUUCGCAUGCUCCUUGACCGAGUGGACCUCGAAAUCAAUUUCAAAGAUAAAGAUGGGUACACACCUAUGGCAUUGGCAGCAAGGAGAGGCCACAGCGCCGUUUUCAGGGCUCUGGUGGAACGAAAAGAUCUCGACCGGAACUCGAGAGACGAUUAUGGAUGGACUCCUCUUAUGCUAGCAUCUGUGGAAUCCGAGGUUGAAGAAGAGCUCGAAAGCUCUGGCUGGAUGGAUUGA